CUCUCCAGGCUGCUGCUCAAGGGGGAACGCUGCCGUGCCAGUGGCUUCUGCUCUGCUCCUACCGACUCGGACAACCAGGUUAUUUUUUUUGAGCUUUGCAAGGCUAUCUGCUGAUUGUGUAAUUCAGCUUGUCAAGGAAAAAAACCUGAUAAGCAGAAGCUCUUGCUGAAGAGGAGAAUCAGGUUGGCGCAGUGACAGAUGUUCGAAUAAAGAAGUUGGCUCAGAGAAGACGUACGGGGUCUGAUUUUUUUUCUUUUUUUUUUUUCCUCCCCCUCAAUCUGAAUGAAGACUAUCAUGGGAACUGCAUUCACAUGGUGAUCAAAAGAAACACUUGAGUGAUGAACUGCUUUUGCAGAAGUCGUCUAAGGCAGUAAUUUGAGCUUUUGUGUGCGGUAGCUAGCUUGUUUUGUUGAAGCAUUCCUCCUCAACAGUAUUUCUGCCUUGCGAAUUCCCCGAUGGAGAAGCCACAGCUACUGCCCGGUAAAGGAAAAAUGAACGCUCCGCAUUGCUUGUGUCCCUGAUGGAGUAACACCGGCUGCGUCGCUAUCGUUUGGGGAGGCUGGAUUCCACCGGCAACAUUAUUCAAGGAGUUCAUUGUCCCUGUGCUCUGACUCAUCGCAUGUAAAUGUGCUGCAGCCGUGCUGCACGUUGCAGCUAUUUUUCUUGCAUGGGAAAGAAUUAUUUUCCUCUAAGCAGGUCCUGAAUAGCUGCUGGAACCGAGAUGCGUUUUUCUGGCCGGGCUGUUUGUGGCAUUGAGAGAGGAAGCUGUCGAACGGCAGGAUGAUCAGGGGGCGCGUUUAUUUUCAGUCACCAGAAGGGCUGCGACGGCUGGUUUAAAACUGACCUUGCGGGAGCGGGGAAUAGCUGCGGCCGCCUCUCUCGGGGCAAUUGUUCCUUGUUCUGUCCUCGGCAGGACCGAGUCGUGUCUUCUGCAACAAUGGUUUCACUGUGGGGGUAGAAGGACGCUGUGGAAGUUGUGACAUUAACAAAGACAAAUUUGCUCGUGAAAGGACAGCUGUGUGCGACAGUGAGUGCUGUUCGAAUGGAAUUGGAUCUUGGGAUAUUUUUAUCAGCUGUUCCACAGUUUCGUUAUUGUGGUUUCGAUGCCUAGGGAAUUUUUAUUUUUAAAAGAACAACUUUUUUUCAGCAGUAUCUUGAACGUCUCAGGGUGCUUAAAUCUGAAAAAUGAAGUGUGAGGGGGGAUUGGAAUGUCCCUUUUUAAAUGCAAAUACAACAGCGGUAGCACUCGCAAGUUUGUAAGGGCAUGUGAAACAGGUGAAAGUAUUUCCUCUAUGGUCCCUACUGCUAUACCUGCCGUCUGGUUCCAAAAAUACCACUUCUAGCAUUUUUUUGUUUGCUUUUGCUUAUUCAAACUGUUCGAAUGAGUCGAGUCUGUAUUGUUGUUUUGGAGGAGGAGGAAGAUGAUUCUCCCACAUUUAUUUCCAAUUUGCCUCAGGAAAAUUUAUCUUUACGUCCAUCGCCCUCUGGAAAUGUGCUGCCACCAUUGGUUCAAGCUAUAUUUAAUGGAGAUCCGGAUGAAGUUCGAGCACUAAUAUUCAAGAAAGAAGAUGUUAAUUUUCAGGAUAAUGAGAAAAGGACCCCUUUACAUGCUGCUGCCUAUCUGGGAGAUGCAGAAAUUAUUGAACUACUUAUUUUAUCUGGAGCUAGAGUUAAUGCCAAAGACAGCAAAUGGUUGACUCCUUUACACAGAGCUGUAGCAUCUUGUAGUGAGGAUGCUGUUCAGGUGUUGUUAAAGCAUUCAGCAGAUGUCAAUGCUCGUGAUAAAAACUGGCAGACACCGCUACACAUAGCAGCUGCAAACAAAGCUGUGAAGUGUGCUGAGGCUUUGGUGCCUCUCCUAAGCAAUGUAAAUGUGUCUGAUCGAGCAGGCAGAACUGCAUUGCAUCAUGCAGCCUUCAGUGGACACGUUGAGAUGGUCAGCUUACUGUUGUCUAGAGGGGCCAAUAUUAAUGCAUUUGACAAGAAAGACAGACGAGCUAUACAUUGGGCAGCAUAUAUGGGUCAUAUUGAAGUUGUGAAAUUACUCGUGACUCAUACAGCUGAAGUGACAUGCAAAGACAAGAAAUCAUAUACACCUUUACAUGCUGCAGCAUCUAGUGGGAUGAUCAGUGUAGUCAAAUAUCUUCUGGAUCUUGGAGUUGAUAUGAAUGAACCAAAUGCCUAUGGAAAUACUCCUCUCCAUGUAGCUUGUUACAAUGGGCAAGAUGUUGUAGUGAAUGAACUCAUAGACUGUGGUGCUAAUGUAAAUCAAGUAAACGAGAAGGGGUUUACACCUUUGCACUUUGCCGCUGCAUCAACACAUGGAGCAUUGUGUUUAGAGCUUUUGGUCUGCAACGGUGCAGAUGUAAAUAUAAAGAGUAAAGAUGGGAAAACACCUUUGCACAUGACAGCCAUCCAUGGUAGAUUUUCAAGAUCCCAAACCAUCAUUCAAAAUGGAGCUGAAAUAGACUGUGAAGAUAAGAAUGGAAAUACCCCUUUGCACAUAGCAGCUAGAUAUGGCCACGAGCUAUUAAUCAACACACUGAUUACGAGUGGUGCUGACACUGCAAAGCGGGGUAUACAUGGGAUGUUUCCUCUCCAUUUGGCAGCAUUAAGUGGAUUUUCAGACUGCUGCAGAAAGCUCCUCUCAUCAGGUUUUGACAUUGACACACCAGAUGACUUUGGCAGGACUUGUCUUCACGCAGCUGCAGCUGGAGGGAAUUUGGAGUGCCUAAAUCUUCUGCUAAAUACCAGUGCAGACUUCAAUAAAAAGGACAGAUUUGGAAGAACUCCACUCCAUUAUGCUGCUGCCAAUUGUAAUUAUCAGUGCCUGUUUGCCCUUGUGGGAUCUGGAGCUAGUGUGAAUGACCUUGAUGAGAGGGGUUGUACACCUCUGCACUAUGCAGCUGCAUCAGACACAGAUGGGAAGUGCCUGGAAUACUUGCUAAGAAAUGAUGCCAAUCCGGGGAUCCGAGACAAACAAGGAUACAAUGCAGUUCAUUAUUCAGCGGCUUAUGGUCAUCGCUUGUGUCUUGAAUUGAUUGCAAGCGAAACACCUCUAGAUGUUCUAAUGGAAACAUCAGGUACUGACAUGCUGAAUGAUUCAGACAACAGAGCACCUAUAAGUCCACUGCAUUUAGCUGCCUAUCAUGGCCACCAUCAAGCUCUGGAAGUGCUGGUACAGUCACUGCUGGACCUUGAUGUGAGGAAUAACAAUGGAAGGACACCACUGGAUCUUGCUGCCUUUAAGGGCCAUGUGGAAUGUGUAGAUGUGCUCAUUAAUCAGGGAGCAUCCAUCUUGGUGAAAGAUUAUGUUGUAAAGAGAACUCCAAUACAUGCUGCAGCUACAAAUGGUCAUUCAGAAUGUUUGCGGCUAUUGAUAGGAAAUGCAGAACCACAGAAUGCAGUGGACAUUCAAGAUGGAAAUGGACAGACUCCUCUGAUGAUGUCAGUUCUCAACGGGCACACGGACUGCGUUUAUUCACUCCUUAACAAAGGAGCAAAUGUAGAUGCCAAAGAUAAGUGGGGAAGGACAGCAUUGCAUAGAGGGGCAGUUACUGGGCAUGAGGAAUGUGUGGAAGCAUUGCUUCAACAUGGUGCUAAGUCCUUACUACGAGACUGUAGGGGACGAACCCCUAUACACUUGUCAGCUGCCUGUGGCCAUAUAGGUGUUCUGGGAGCUCUCCUGCAGUCAGCUACAUCAGUGGAUGCAGUACCUGCAAUAGCAGACAAUCAUGGCUACACAUCACUGCAUUGGGCCUGCUAUAAUGGUCAUGACAGUUGUGUAGAGCUGCUUCUGGAACAGGAAAUUUUUCAGAAAAUGGAAGGAAAUUCUUUCAGUCCCUUGCAUUGUGCUGUGAUAAAUGACAAUGAAGGUGCUGCAGAAAUGUUAAUUGAUACGUUAGGUGCUGGUAUUGUAAAUUCAACAGAUUCGAAAGGAAGAACUCCUCUGCAUGCAGCAGCGUUUACAGAUCACGUUGAGUGUCUACAGCUUCUGCUUGGUCACAGCGCUCAAGUAAAUGCUGUAGAUUCUUCUGGGAAAACACCUUUAAUGAUGGCUGCAGAAAAUGGACAGACGAAUACAGUUGAGGUGCUGGUUAGCAGUGCUAAGGCUGAUCUGACUUUGCAAGACAGUUCUAAGAACACAGCACUCCAUUUGGCUUGCAGUAAGGGUCAUGAAACUAGUGCCUUGUUAAUACUGGAGAAGAUUACGGAUAGAAACCUCAUCAAUGCCACCAAUGCAGCCUUGCAAACACCUCUGCAUGUUGCUGCUCGAAAUGGACUAACGGUUGUAGUUCAAGAGCUUUUAGGGAAGGGAGCAAGUGUACUUGCUGUAGAUGAAAAUGGUUACACACCGGCUUUGGCCUGCGCACCCAAUAAGGAUGUGGCCGAUUGCCUGGCUCUCAUUUUGGCCACCAUGAUGCCUGUUUCAUCAAGCAGCACAUUACCUGCACUUACCUUCAAUGCCAUUAAUCAUUACACCAACGCCUCAAAAACUGUCACCUUUGAUUCCUUGCCAAUCAUGAGGAGUGACCACAGCUCUUACUGUACUUUCAACAACAUUGGCAGGGAAGGUGGCUAUCCAUAUACAGAAGACGACGAGCUCAAUGACUCGGAUUCUGAGACAUACUAGAAGCUACAUUUUGUAGGUCUGAGGAGUGAACCCUCACGCUGGAAGGUCAGACUUGUGCUGUUGGAAAGCUGGUGGUGUUUGAAUAUAGAAAGAGGACAGACCUUUGAGAAGAUGUUUUUAUUGUGGUUGCAUAAAAAAAAAUCGUGAGACUCUAGGAAGAUUUUUAAGAGCAUAUUUUGCAGAAGAAGCAUGAAUUCUUGAAUAAGUACUUGGAAUCCAUGGCAAAAAAAAAAAAAAAAGAAUGUCAAAACUGUUUUAUUUAACGGUAUUAAUACCAUUCUGUUUCUGGUGCCGGGAGUAAUUCCUGCAGACUGGGCACCCGACUUGAUGUAAAUGAACAACACUAUUGUUCAACACAAAGGAUGCUAGAUUUAAAUAUUCUCAAUAAAACUAAAACCAUUUUGAAGGCAAUAAAUGAGUUUGGUACAGUAGGCAUUGUUUGUGCUGCAAAUUGCCAAAGGACCAAAUAACUUAAAGAUUUUUUUAAUUAAAUAAAUUUUUGUGAAAACUGGAAUAGGUUAUUUGAGAAGUUGUUUCAACCAAACGUUAAUUACUUCUGGAAAAGAAGCUUAGAUUUGGGUUUAAAUGUUGAAUUUUAUUUUUUUUAAUUCUCUGAAAGCCUUCCGACACUAUUAAAUGUACCAUGAAAGAAAGCAGAUGUACUUUUAAGUUUUAUUUUCUUUUUCGUUUAGAUGAAAUGAAAAUGAUCUUGUCAUACUUUUAUAAUACUGAAGUUAAACCAGCUAACAAGGUGAAGUCAGGGUGAAAAAUGUACAGUGUAAUAAACAAGGGAAGGGGUGGGAGAUGUGGGAGGGAAGCAGUAAUUGUUGCACAGUUUUAGGGAUUUUUUAACUUGGGUUUUGGAUUGAGAUUUUUCUUAAUUUAAAAAUACACGAGUAACUUGGAAACUAUGAAAAUGCGUAAAAUGAAUUGAAAUGUCUUGAUAACCCUCUUGUGACUGAGAGUUCUUUUCCAUAAUUUAUCCACUUCCUUACAUCAUAAAUUUGUAUGUAAGAUUAAAAUUGUUUAUCCCUAUCACCUUUUUUUUUUUUUAAUCCCGGAGUUACAAAGUGGGGGGGAGGUGAAUUUAAAAGUAUAUUUCCCUAUUAGAGAAAAAAGUACAGUGUCUGGUCUGUGGGAAGAGCUGUGUAUCUUUGUUGUGCUCCAUUUAGAAAAUAAACAGCAGAAACAGGUCCCUGUAACGUAGUUCAGACUUGCCCAAAUAUUUUUUUUUAAUUUAUAACAGACUACUCUGGUUUUUUUUAAUUGCCUGAAGAAUGAAAAACUGACAUAAGUAAGCUGAAGUUUUGUCUGUUAAAUAUGAAUAUUUACUUUAUUUGGCUCUGCUUUAACUAUAACUGUUACUUUUCAAGUGAAUUUGUUUAUGUACAUGCAAGGAAUCCUUGCAUGUCCUGGCAAAGUACAAAUAAAUUACUACAAACCGAUUCCAAUUUCAUUUUUAUCCUUUUUUUUUUUGUAUUGUGAAACUGGAAACGUUUGUAAAUUACAGCUGCUUUUCUGAACAUAGUGUGGAAACACGGGACAAUAUUUUGAUCUAUUUGAUAAUUUUGUGGGGUUUUUGAAGAAUUAAUGAGCAUGUACAUAGAAAUAGUGGCUGCUUGAAUACUGUAUUUACCUGCACUCUUUCAGUACUUCAAGAAUCCUGUAUAUUUUACGGAGUAUAAUAAAAUGCAAAUUUGAGUUCUA